AUGGAACAAAAAAAUGAAAAGUCAACUGAUCCUGAUCAGAAUCUGAGGCUAAACUCUCCCGAAGAUAAUUUAAAUGAACAAAAAAGCAAUGUUCAUUAUUGGCUUAUGAAAGCCGAACCUGAAUCACGAAUUGUCAAAGGAAAAGACGUCAAGUUUAGCAUUGAUGAUUUAGCAAACAUGCAUAACGGCGUUUCUCAAUGGGAUGGUGUAAGAAAUUAUGAAGCGCGUAAUAAUAUGAAAAACGGGAUGAAAAUCGAAGACAAAGUACUAUUUUAUCAUUCCAAUUGCAAAACACCUGGAAUAGCGGGAUUAGCAGAGAUAGUGAAGGAGGCUUAUCCAGAUUAUACCGCGUUUGAUGAAUUUCAUCCAUAUUAUGAUCCAAAGUCAAAUAAGGACAAUCCAAAAUGGUUUAUGGUUGAUGUUAAAUUUGUUCGUAAGUUUAACCGUUUGAUUACACUUAAGGAAUUGCAAGCACAUAAAGACGAUGGAUUGAAAGGUAUGGCACUAUUGUGCCGUGGUCGUUUAUCUAUACAACCCGUGAAGAAAGAACAUUAUGAUUUUAUUCUGGAAUUAGAAAAGAAAUAA